AUGCCAGUCAUCGCACGGGCGAACAUAUUGCCAAACGCUGACAAAUUAAAGAGCAAUACUGUACACUUUUUUCACUUGUGCCUUUCAGGUGAACGUCGGCAAGGUUUGUGGAACUGCGGCAGUUUUGCGCAUCCGCACCGUAUCACAGCACACAUGGAAGAAAGAACGUCCACCUCUGAGCCUCGGUCUCCCGACGGCAACAUGAGGACAACCGAGGAGCAAAUAAAGUUGCUGUUGGAAGAAAACAGGGGACUGAAAUCCUACAUUGAAAACAUGAACAGUGAAUGUUUGGAGCUGAAUGCCGUGCUAUUCGAUGAGGCAAACAAGAUGGUCAUUUCCGCCCGUUCGAAACAAUAUAUGGCCGAGAAAAAAGCAAAGGAGAAUGCACAAGAAAAUGAACUGCUACAUUCCCAAGUGGAUACACUGAAAGCUAUUAUUUCCAAGCUUCCAUCUCCUGUACCAGUUUACAACCCCGACGCGGAAAUGAAAAUUCAAAAUUCCCCAGGAUUCUACAAAAAAAUUGACAAAUCACCUUCAGCUGCAAAAAAAGCUUCGCACUUACGUCACAACACCACUUCGAUUGGAAGUGUCAAACAGCCUGAAGCUUCCCCGAAGAUUUUCCACAGGUCAUGCGAAGACCUCAGCCUUCUGGUUGCUACCACGUCGGAAGAGGUUUUGACCACCGUGAGCAGAACAUCCUUAUUAAACGCAUUACUGGCGGAAACCGACGGAUUAGAGGAAAAUGACCAAGAUACAUUCCAGGACUUUGUUACCUGGUAUAAAAGCGGAUGUCCUCUUCAAUAUCCAUUUGAUGAAGAUGCUUCCGGUGUGGUCACGAAUAACGGUCAUCUAAAAACCAGUAAUCAUCGUCAAAUCCGUAUAAUACGCCAACCAGAUUCGAAUUAUAUCUCAGAGCUGAAAUCCGAUAAGAAAAACGCGCUUGCUGAGAAAAACCCUCCUUCUCCCGAUUCCACGCUUCGUGCUUCCCCCUCAAAUACAGGAAUGAUGUUUCUUCAACGACUAUACAACGAUGAUAUUCGACCAUGUCUGGAAUUCCGGGAUAAAGUCCUGCAGAAUGCAAUCCACCAUGCGUUACCCGAGCUGGGUCUGGAGAUAAAUCCUUUUAGAAACAUUUUAGACGAACAUCAUUCGAGUGACUCUAACACACCGGUCAUUUGUCCUUUGCUACCGGCUCUAGAGCCUGCAUACCAACUGUUGGUCAAAAAUUCAGAUGAGCGCAUAGAGGUCAGUAUCUCAGCGGAGGCUCGACACCGGAUUGCAGCCACGAUGAACCUGUUCCAGUACCUGAGCUGUAUUGCUCGAGGUGUGUGUUCCACACCCCAGUCAAUAAAUUCCGAUCGCAAGCUAAGUAUCCGACGCAACUCACAAUUAUCGGGACAAAGCGCAACAAUGAAAGAACAUAUGGAGCUGGUCAAAUAUUUCAAGAAGAUUCAAAGUCUUCGUUUGGCUAUCGCAUUUGCUCGACUUGGAUUUGGUCUUCCAGAGUCAGAAUAAUCCCUAUCUUAGAUGUAUUUUACAGCAACUUAGAGGAUUACUCUCAUUUUAACUCCCGCACAUUUGAUACCGAAUUCGUCCCUCAUAAAACCAGUUCAACAAAGUUAUCCACGACUUUCAACAGUUUUCCCACUGUCUUCCAUUGUGAUACAUGAAGUUUCUUUUGCUAUAAACAUAAAAUGAUUCCCUCGAGGACUCACAAAUAUGUAUCAUGGAACCUUUGUAUUGUUCUAUCGCUGGAUUUUCGUUUUCCAUCCAUACGAAACUUUGGAGAUAAUGAAUGCGUUAUGUUUUCAAAUGUGUAUGAAUGACUGUACAUAGUCGCGGACUGGCUGGUCCAUACGACCAGAGUGAGUGCGUCUGGCAACAAUCCCAGAUUAUUUGCUUACCUGUG